UCAAGAAAUUCCAGUGACUUCUCCUUAUUUAUCUAUAAGGUACCUUUUAUCUUGCAAGUGAAGGUUGUUGGUGCUUGUUGGUAUCUCCUAGCGAUAGAGCGACAGGAUUCAUGCUGGAGAGAGGCCUGCCUUCUUGAAUCACCACAAUGCAAAUACCAAUUCUUCGACUGUAGAAACACAGACAGCUCCAGAAAUCUAUGGUUCCAGUCCAGUAAUCUAACAGAUCUAUGCAACCCUAGCAAAGGAUUCUACAAAUUUGGAAUGUAUGCCGAUGCAGUGGAUGAAAAAGUCACCUCUGCACCUUUCCUACAGAAGUACUUCUACUGCUUAUGGUGGGGACUGAAGAACCUGAGUUCCUUGGGUCAGGAUUUCUCAACCAGCACUUAUGUCGGAGAGAACUUAUUUGCUAUUGUCAUCGCCAUCCUAGGCUUGGUGCUAUUUGGAUUGCUCAUUGGAAACAUGCAGUCAUAUCUACAAUCAACCACAGUUCGAUUGGAGGAAUGGAGGAGCAAGAAGACAGACACAGAGAGGUGGAUGCGACAUCGUCAGCUCCCAUUAGAGCUGAGGCAAUGCGUUAGGAGGUAUCAUCAGUACAAGUGGAUGGCAACGCAAGGGGUGAAUGAGGAGGCCUUGCUCAGGGGCCUCCCUCUGGACCUGCGUAGAGAUAUCAAGCGCCAUCUCUGCCUUGACCUCGUCCGACGAGUACCACUGUUCGACCAAAUGGAUGAACGGAUGCUCGAUGCCAUUUGUGAGCGUCUUCAGCCAGCACUCUACACCCCUGAUACAUGUGUGGUACGAGAGUUUGACCCAGUGAAUGAGAUGUUGUUCAUCAUCAGGGGUCACCUUGACUCCACAACUACUAAUGGUGGCCGUACAGGAUUCUUCAACUCAUGCAGAAUUGGCCCAGGGGACUUCUGUGGUGAAGAGCUGUUAACGUGGGCACUAGACCCCCGUGCAAGUACUGCAGCCGCUCUACCCUCCUCUACUCGCACUGUCAGUGCUGUGUCAGAGGUUGAGACCUUUGCUCUUGUCGCUGAUGAUUUAAGGUUUGUUGCUGCACAGUUUCGGCGACUCCACAGCAAGCGGAUUCGUCAUAAGUUUAGGUUUUACUCACAGCACUGGCGAACAUGGGCUGCUUGUUUCAUUCAAGCUGCAUGGAGGCGACACAGGCAGAAGAUGGCAGCUGGGCUCAGCCUCACAGAGUCAGUAACAGAGCCUGAACCAGCUUCAGCAGCAGUGUUCGUGGGCCGGCUAGUCGCAAGUGUGAGGAAGGGUGCAACUGAAGGAUUGGGUUUUGGAAGGUGGAGGUGGUAAGUUGCUGAAGAAGCCAGCCGAGCCAGAUUUUUCUGGAGAUGAAGAAGAGAGCUAACUAGCUUUGCCUUGUGUUACUGAAUGUGUACUUCCAAUGUGUGUGCGCGCGUAUAGUAUUUGUCAUUGUCAAAUACAAGUAAUAUAAUAGAGUGCACUGCAUUAUCACAGAUAGAAGGUAUUCUUAGAUCGGAAAAUUUUUAAA